UUAAUUGUGAAAAACUAUUCUACCCAAAUGAACUUUUCAUUAAUUAAUUUCUAUCAAUUUAUAUUUUUGGUGAUUUAAAAAUGGUGAUCUUAGACAAUCUGAUACCCUUAUGAAAACAUUGGAAGGUAAAUUUCGUGCCGAAGAUGAUAAACAAUCAUCACAAGAGAAACUACAAAAAGCCAAAGUAACAGCAAGUCGACAUUUAUUAUUUAUCCGACAUGGUCAGUAUACAUUAAAUGGUAAAACUGACGAGGAAAGAUCAUUAACUGAACUUGGUCGACAACAGGCCUACCUUGCUGCUCAAAGAUUAAAGGAAUUAAAUCUUCCCUAUUCACAAAUUGUUCAAUCAACAAUGACCCGGGCCAAACAAACAGCUCAAAUAAUUUGUAAAGAAUUACCUGAUGUACCUGUUUCUAGUAGUGAUCUACUUCGUGAAGGAUUACCCAUCUUACCAGAACCUUCAAAUAAUAAAGAGAUAAACAAUGUAAGAGCUUUUACCGAUGGUCCAAGGAUUGAGGCAGCUUUUCGUAGAUACUUUUAUCGUGCAACACCCGAUCAAAAGGUGGACAGUUACGAGAUAUUUGUUUGCCAUGCAAAUGUCAUUCGUUAUUUUGUCUGUAGAGCAUUACAAUUACCUCCAGAAGCAUGGUUACGGUUUUCUCUUCACAAUUGUAGUUUAACCUGGAUCGCAAUUCGUCCCAGUGGUCGAGUAACUGUUUAUACUGUCGGUGAUUGUGGUUUCAUUCCCCAAGGCAAACUCACAACCACCUAACCAAUAUAACUACCAAACCAGAUGAAGCAAAUAAUAUUAUUAGUAAAUGCUACAAAUACAGGUAAUGAUAAAUGAAGGUAAAGAAAACACAAAUUUAUCAUUAUAAAAGGUAAACAAUUUGUUCACAGGUUUUAAUUGUUUCACAAA